AUGGAGUCUUCAAAUAGUCCACCAAACCUGUCAUCUGCCUCAGUUCUAGAGCAGCUUGGCUUUCAACAAUAACAACUAAUUCUAAAUCAUCAAUUGAAUCGCAUAAGAAAUUAAGCCAGUAAUUAUAUUGGCAUGGUUUAAAAUGUAGCAGGUCAGAGAUAGUCCACUACUCAUACUCAAAAUUAAAGAAUGUAGAGAAAUAAUUCACCCCCAAUGACUUAUAUGAUGAUGGAUGCGGACGAUGAUCACUAUUAAAGAUAAAUCAGAGAUCGCAGUAUUUCACCUGCUUAUGCUCCCUCAUCAAAUAACCCAGGCAGCAAUAAUAGCAACAAUAAUAAUAACUUGAAUACUCAUUAAAUCAAUCACUCAUCCUCUGAGCAAUCUUCGAUUAAUGAACAUAUAUCGACUAGUCAAGCAAUUAUUAAUGAAAAUUCAGCUAAUUUAGAAGAAAUAUUUAAGUGCUUGAUAUGCUUUAACAAAGUCAACGGUGCUGUGAUGUGCCCUCAUUGCUCUAAAUUGUGCUGCAGGGAUUGUAUUAAGAAAUGGCUAAAUGAGUAGAGACAAUAAUGCCCACAUUGUAGAAGUAGUUUAAGAGUAAAUCAAUUGGUAAAUUGUAGAUUUGUAGAAGAAGUCACAGCUGCAAUAGAUACUCUAUAGUCCAACAAACAAUAAAUAUCUAAGUAAAAAUAAGAGAUUUGCAAAUAACAUGAUACCGCUCUAAAUUAUUACUGCAAUACCUGCAAGAAACCUAUAUGUAGCGAUUGCGCAAUGUUUGGAGAAGAUCAUAAGCAGCAUCAAUUUGAGAAAUUAAGUGUGGUAUAUGAGAGACACGUUGAACUAAUCAGAAAAGAAGCUGAUGGUUUAAGGAAAAGAUUGAAGGAGUUAACACAUUAUAUUUCUGAGGUUCAAACUACUAUUGAAAAGGUAACAAAAGCAAAAGAUGAGAAAUAAAAAGAAAUUGAGUUAUUUGUGGAAAAUAUACAAGCGAAGCUCAACCAGUAAUUAAAGAGUAAAUUGCUGACAUUAUUGCAAUAAAAAGGUGCAAUGGCUGAUGAAAUGGAGUCGCUAGAAGAUUUCCAUCAUAAACUUAACCAGUAAUUUUUAAUCUAUUAAAUCUUUUUAGAGAGUUAUCUAAGAGAAAUACAUAAUAAGCCAACAUCUAAAUUUGUUGCAAAUUCAGUAUCAACAGAGUUUCCAUCUGAACUUGUUCCUAACUAUGACUCAUCGCUGUUUGUCAUAAAAGAUUUCAGCAGAAUUAGACAUACUCAUGAAGUUGUUUACUCUGAACCAUUAUUAACAAAUGGAUUGACUUGGAGACUUAAAGUCUAUCCAAAUGGCAAUGGUAUUGCAAAAGGAAACUACAUAUCAAUAUUCUUAGAGAUGCUGAAGGGUCUAUCUGAAACAUCUAAAUACGAAUAUAGAGUAGAGAUGAUCAACAGUAAAGAAACUUCAUAGUAGGUUUUAAGAGAAUUUUCAUCAGAUUUCGAAGUCGGCGAAUGCUGGGGAUAUAAUAGAUUUUACAGAAUCGAUCUUCUUGAAAGAGAGGGCUAUUUAUCUGAUGAUGACAAAAUCACUCUGAAGUAUUAUGUAAGAGCACCUACAUAUGCUCAAUAAUCCAGAGAUCAAAGAAAGUACAUUGAAACUCUAGAACUUUAAUAAAAAUAAAUGUAGUCCUCUCUUAAUGAGAUGAAUUCUAAAUACAACGAAGCUGUUAAUAAAAAUCAUCAUAAAUCUCAUAAGAGACCAAACAACCUUAAGAAAAUUCUCUAGGUUCCAAAUGCAAUGGCUUAAGUCAAAAGAGAUCAAUCAUCUGAUGAAGUAAAUGCUUAACAAGAAGAGAGCUAAUUUGCGCUAGUCUCUUAGUAAUUAGUUUAAGAGGAGCAAAAGCAAGGCAAUAUUUAACAAUAGCAACAGGUUGAAGAUCUAAAACUGUAGACCUAGCCAUCUCUUAAGUAUUAGAAAUCUUCUGGUUUCGAAUCAGACCAAAGAUUUAGUGUAGUAAAUUAACAUAGAGAAAACCCAAGAAAAACAAGCCUAUUGAUUGAUGCAGAAUAAGAUUUUUCAAGCGAUCGUAAUGAUUCAGAUGAAGAAGAGGAGGAUAUUGAAAAUGAUUAACAUCUUGAAGAAGAUCAUAACGAGGAACAUGAUUAGACUCACUAAAUAGAACAUGAAGAGGAGGAAGAAGAUGAGGAAGGAGAUAUUCAUCAAGAAGAGGAAGAGAAUAUAGUAUAAAGCAGUAAAAGCAACAGACAGAGAGUAGAAUGGAGUCCUAAAUAAUAUAGCGUAAGCUCUAAUAACGAUGAUGAUGAGAUCUAAAAUGAUGUUGAUAACGACAACGAUAAUGAACACUAAGAGAACCUCUACUCAGAGAAUAACAACUACAAUGAAGAUCAGCAAAGCGAUGAAGAUGAAGAGGAUGACGAUGAGCAUUAUAGAAACCAAGAGGAUUAUUUGAUAAAAACAAGUAAAAGCAAGGAUCAUGACGAUAUUAGCGUUCUUAGAGAGAUACUUAAUGGUAGCACUUCAAAUAACAACAAGGAGACUAAAAUUAAUGUUCAGAAAUACUAAAAACUAUCGUCAAACUUAGUUGAUGAUUUCAGGAACUAUCUGAGUGGAGACAGUGAUAGUGAUUAAGAUAUUGAUAUUUAAACGCUGAAUGAGAUGAGACAACAAAAAGGCCUUAAAAACUUGAGAUACGAAAACUAGCUAUAACUUACACAAAAUGAGUUUGAUGAUGACACUUAAACUUAUAAUUCACUCGUAUCAAGCACAAAUAACCAUAAUGAGAAUACUGAGUAAGUAUUGAGUCAGAAUAUUCUCGAGGAGUUAUAAUGA